AUGAGGCUGCUGCGCGCCCUGCUGCGCGGCGCCUCCGCGGGCAGCGCCUCCGCGGGCAGCAUUCCGCAGCAGGUGGACUUCUACUCGCGCUUCUCCCCCUCGCCGCUCUCCAUGAAGCAGUUCCUGGACUUCGGAUCUGAAAAUGCUUGUGAAAAGACUUCAUUUAUGUUUCUACGACAAGAGUUGCCCGUGAGAUUGGCAAACAUAAUGAAGGAAAUAAGCCUGCUUCCAGACAACCUUCUAAGAACACCUUCAGUUCAGCUGGUGCAGAGCUGGUAUGUCCAAAGUCUUCAAGAGAUCCUUGACUUCAAGGACAAAAGUUCAGAAGAUUCAGGAGCUAUUAAUAGUUUUACAGAUACUGUGAUAAAAAUCCGGAAUCGACACAAUGACGUAAUUCCUACAAUGGCUCAGGGAGUAAUAGAGUACAAGGAAAGCUUUGGCAUUGAUCCAGUGACCUCACAGAAUGUGCAGUACUUCUUAGACCGUUUCUACAUGAGUCGCAUUUCAAUUAGAAUGCUCCUUAAUCAACACUCUCUGCUGUUUGGUGGGAAAAUUAAUCCAGCUCAUCCAAAACACAUUGGAAGCAUUGAUCCUAGCUGCAAUGUGGUUGAAGUUAUUAGAGAUGGCUAUGAAAGUGCCAAGAGACUUUGUGAUUUAUAUUACAUGAGCUCUCCAGAACUCAUCCUUGAAGAGUUGAAUGCUAAAUCCCCAGGGCAGCCCAUGCAAGUGGUAUAUGUGCCGUCACAUCUCUAUCACAUGGUUUUUGAACUUUUCAAGAAUGCAAUGAGAGCCACCAUGGAACAUAAUGCUGAUCGAUGCAUUUAUCCUCCAAUUCAAGUACACAUCACGUUGGGAACUGAGGAUUUAACUGUGAAGAUGAGUGAUCGUGGGGGAGGUGUUCCUAUGAGGAAAAUUGACAGACUGUUCAACUACAUGUAUUCAACAGCACCACGUCCACGUGUUGAGACGUCACGAGCUACACCUUUGGCUGGAUUUGGUUAUGGCUUACCCAUAUCACGCCUGUAUGCACAGUACUUCCAAGGAGACCUCAAACUGUAUUCCUUAGAAGGCUAUGGUACAGAUGCUGUUAUUUACAUAAAGGCCUUAUCAACAGAAUCAAUUGAAAGACUCCCUGUAUAUAACAAAGCAGCCUGGAAACAUUAUAAAGCAAACCACGAAGCAGAUGACUGGUGUGUGCCAAGCAGUGAGCCAAAGGACAUGACCACGUUUCGCAGUAUAUAGCUUUUUCCUCAACAGUUCAUAAGAAGUAGGUAUGUCUUGAAGGGGAAUUUAGAAGACCUCUUUUACACCAAGAUGCUGAACCACAUUUGAUAGGUGAAAAGAAUUUUAAGUGCAGUAACAGAAAUUUUAAUGUAAUUGCCCUUUCCUGGAAUCAAACAAACAAACAAAAAAACCACAACAAAAAAACCUAACAAAACCCAAGGGAAACCCCAAACCUGUACAUACUUUUAAAUUUUAGGUGAGAAGAUCACACUUAAUUUGCUCCACUUGCUGUUUGUGACUACUUUCAGUAACUAAAUUAAAGGAGAUGUAAUUUUGGGUUUUAAAGAAACCAAUGCAAUCUAUUGCAUAUCUGGUGAGAAAUCUAUUAAUUUGUAUCAUUACAAAAUUGUUUUAACAGGGAAAAAAAAAAAAAUGGGGAAAGCUCACCAGAGCAUUUUUUCACUAUAUGAUAUUAGAGAUUAAUUAAAAACUCAAGUAAGACAUACUGAGCUCAUUGCUCUACCUUUGCCAUCUCCACAGCACAUUCUGUUCUUUUAUCUUAAGCAUGCUGGAGCCUAAUUUUGUAAAGUUAGGUAUGUUGCCUACAUCAAGUUUCUUUGUGGCUGUAGAAAUAACAAUUAGGUCUGUAGGCAUAAAAAAACCCCAACAAACCCAAUCAGUUCUAGCUGCUACCACUAAUAUAAUGCAUCUCAGGUAUGUGGUAUCAGUCAUGUUUCUUUGGUUGUAAUGUGAAUAUUUAAUACAUGUGAAAAACUUACCUUGCCAUGAUAAUUGUGAACUAGCAAAUAGUGCUGGCUUGUGUACAGUAAACAUAUGCUGUCUUUCAUUUGCUUGUAUUUCUGUAGGUAAUACCAAAACACAGUAUCAAUGUUCUAGCCCUAGUAAGAUCUCAAACCCUGGGGUAUGUCAGGUUACAGCUAUAAAUGGAAAGUAUUUUAAUAAACAGAUUUUUAAAACUUGCCCUUAGUAGGGCAUCUCUGUUACUUUGACAACAGAAACGAUCUUCUCAGGAGUAUUUAACAGUUUUUGAAAACACCUUUGUAUCUGUGAUGUAUUUCUGGCCUCAUUUAUGCAGUAACUGGAAAGUCACACUUUAACAUAAAUAAGGUAAGCAGAAUGUGUUUGUCAGCCAGAGAGAAACUGUCAAAACAUAGUAGGGAAGAUAGAGAGGAGAAUGAGUAUUAAAUUUCAGGUACAAAGUCCUUAUUUUAAUAAAGGAUUCAGCUUCUUUAACGCCUUUUGUGCCAGCUUUGUUGAAAUCAUUGCACCUUGAUCCUUGUCAUUCCUGAACAUUUUAGGAGUGAUGUAGUUAAAGACAUUUUCUCAGUUAAUUCUUUGCUUGUAAUUCUGUGAUUUUUGUUCUGCAGCAAACAUGCAUAAUCCCUCUCGGAAAAAAUAAGCCUAAAUCUUGCUAGUUUCCUAGUUCUGCACAGAGCAGGUGGUGAGAUACCACAAGGGAACAGCUUCCAGUUAGAAACUGAAGUCACACUCUUCUAGUUGUUGCUGAGCCAGAUUAAAGAUUAUCAUCUGCUACCUCCCUAGCCUAGUUCUGCAAAACAAGAAAAUGGUUUAUACCCUGGUCAAGCCUAUGCAGGUCACUUUAACAGGAGUGAUUUACAAAAUGGGCUCUAUAUGCAGUUAAAAUGACACUCUGAGGGAGGAUUAAUCUAGCUUAAUUGCCACCAGAACAGCACGGUUACCUGCUCCACUCAAGCUCGUGGGCGCUUUUAGAGGGCCCUAUUUUUCUUCUUUACAAGGAUGUGAGGAGGUGACUGGCAUGCCUUACAGUCUGCAUGGCUACGAUCUAUAGCUGAUCUUCACCCUGCAAGAGGAUAUAUGUGAGAAAUUCCACGUACUGUAAAAGUUAGAGGGAAUGCUUGCAGCUGUUGCUUUUGCUAAAUUUAAGCUUAAAGUUACAGCAAAGGAUUUAAAAAACUGUCAAUAUAAACAUUCUUGCUUUUAUGCUAAGUUUUAAAUGUUUAACUAACUUAACUGAUUUUAGUAACACCUGAGAACAAGAGACGCUUCCAAAGAAAAGUUAACACAGUAUAUUUUCUAGAAAGCCUAUUAAAGUAUUUCAUAUGGUAUUUUGGAAAUAAAACCUCUUGCAUGCUCUCAGCUAGAUACUGAUUGAAUUCUGAUUAGAACAACUUGCUGUGUAAUUGUAUUUUUAUCUAUCUCCUCACCUGCCACCCUGAGCGAUUGUGGUGAAAUAAGUGAUUUUCAAACAUAGUAAUAUUUUGGUUUACCAUGUUUAACCCUACUUACAAGUCUGGUAACUUUUGAUUUAAAUAGAAGUUCAGAAGAUCACUUUUGUGUGUUUAAUAUUUUCAUUACUUUACUGAAGCCAUUGCUAGCACACUGGUUAAGUUGAAGUCAAUCACUGUAGAAAAUUAGUAUACUAGCUCAGCUACCAAUUGCUGAGAUUAAUAGUUUUGUAUGCAAAUGAGAUCAGUCUUGCACUGUAAAAUUGAUCUUGGUUUGUGUUAACUUAUUUUUUCGAAAGAAUCACUACAUUUAUUCAUUAAAACCAUUUCAAAAAAAACAA